AUGCCGAAGUCGGGGCACGGCGUCUCUGGUGGUGGCUCGUUUGGUGGUGGAGGUCACGGCGUGUCUGGCGGUGGAGGUCACGUGUCUGGUGGUGGAAGCGUGGGGGGUGGUGCUGCAUUCGACGAUGGCUGCGGUGGAGCCUGCGGAGCGCUGUGCUUCGAAGCCGACCCCGAACUCGCCAGGACGGAAGAACGCUGGACCUACGUCGGUGCAGGUCAGGGAACUUACACUCAGGCUUCCAGCAUGGACUACGUCGGACAUGGUCGCGGCGACUUCGAGAAGGAGAAGGUGACUGUGGGCGGCGGUGUGCGGUUCCGGGCAAUGUGCGCGUUCUUCCUGUGCUUCCUGCUCUUUGUGAUUCUUGGGCUCCUGAUCUACCUGUUUUGGCCCUUCUACAGCAGCCCGGGAGCUGACGUGAUCGACCCCUGCGCGGCGACCACGGCGGUGGGCGCCAUGCCGGCCAUGCAGCGCGAGGCCUGCUGCGCGCAAGGCUACGGGGCCUUCUGCACGGCGACGAAAGCACCGGUCAUCAUUCAUGACAAGUACUAUACCAACGUGAGGACGGAGCACGUGCCCCACACGGUGACGGUGCCGAUUCCCGGUCCACCUGCUAAGGUCAUCACGCAGAAAGUGUACGUCAAGCACCAUCCGUUCGACUGCACGGAAGGCUAUGCCAGCUGGAAGACCCUGUGGUCGCACGAGCACCAGCGCUACUGCUGCUACAAGUUGAAGGAGGCCUGCGUGUCGAAGGUCCAGUACAGGAACCACUACAAGACCAUCACCCAUGUCAAGCACGUGACCGUGCCAGUGAAAGUCAGCGUGCCGGCCCCCCCGCCACGCGAAAUCAACCACAUCGUGAAGGUUCCUGUCCAUGAUCCCAGGCCGAUCAUCAAGAUUAAGACGGCUGGCCCGCCCCACGUGGUGAAGCAUUACAUCACCAAGAAGCACUACGUGCCUGAGCCCGUGCCGUCGCCACCGAAGUACCGCUACAAGCCUGUGGCAGUUCCAGUGAAGGUGCCGGGGAAGGUCGUCCACGUGCCCGUUCCGAUGCCCGCUCAGACCAUCUACAAGGAGAUUCCCAUCACCAAGGUGCAGCAUGUGAUCAAAAAGAAGUACUACGACUGCGUCGCCGGCUUCAAGAACUGGAAUUUCGGCUGGUCCAAGACCAAGAAGAGCUGGUGCUGCUCCCACGAGGAGAAAGGUUGCCCCGGCACCUGGAAAGGGGAGGGGCUGACGAAGACGAUCGUGACAGGAGUGACGCAGCACCUGGGCCAUGGCCAGUACAUCCAUGGCCACUAUGACGAUGGCGACUAUGGCCAUAGCCAUGUGCACGUCAUCCAUCACAUCGUGCAUCACUACUCCAGCAGCGACGACGACCUGGAUAUGCCGGACGGAGGUCAGGGUGUCAAGCCUGACACCUGGCUGCCCGAUUCUGGGGACGGUGGGGACGGUGUCAAGCCUGACACGCUGCCCGAUUCUGGCGAUGGCGUCAAGCCUGACACGCUGCUGCCCGAUUAUGGGCACGGUCACAACAUGGUCAUCGGGGGCGACGAGUCCUCUCUGCCUCCGGAGUACCGGCACGGCCACAUGUCUGACAUGAGCAUUGGGGGCGACGAUUCCUCCCUGCCGCCCGAGUAUCGGCAUGGUGACAUGUCUGACAUGGUUGUUGGGGACGACGAUUCCUCCCUGCCACCGGAGUACCGGCACGGUGACAUGAGCAUUGAUGAAGACGAUGAUGGGUCGCUCCCUCGCAAGCUUUCUGAUGCCAAGCAUGGCUAA